AUGUCUUUAACUGUCAAGUGUAAUCCCUAUCUCAGUAUCCAUGCUAUUCUCGGCUAUCCCUCCAAACGCCCGAAUAAAACUCCUUCGCCUUCGCGCCCAUUCGAAGAAAUCCUAAUCCUCCGCCUCCGAUCUCUCCUCCCGAUCCCCAAGCCUCCGCCGUCCAUUUCCUUUCACUGGCUCUCCCGUGCCGUCGAUCUCCUCGCCCUCACCCUCGCCGACGCCGCUGCCCUCUUCUCCGACCCCGCCCUAUCCGGCGCCGACCCCGCCGGCCUCGCCUCCCACCUCGACGCCAGCGUCUCCCUCCUCGACGCCUGCAACGCUGCCUCCGCCGAGAUCGAGCGUCUCCGCCGCGGCCGCCUCCGUCUUCGCUUCUCCCUCCACCUCCUCGCUGGCGACGGCCAUGGCCUGCCACCUUCUCCUGACCGCGUCCGGCGCGCCCGCAAGGCGAUCGAGGAGUGGGAGACGCUUCCGAGGCGCGUGAUCCGAGGACACGCCGGUAAUCUGAUCCGGCGGCUGGCGCCGGGGGAGCCGCCGCGAGGCAAGUUCUCCGCCGUACGGAGGGCGUUGUACGCCGUGGAGGGGGUUGCGUGCCUGGUGAUGGCGGCCAUCGUGGCGGUGCUUAGCGGCGGGGAGCAGGGGGCUCUGACCGGAGUCAGAAUGUCCGAUGAGUUUCCGUGGGGGGAGGCGUUUGACGAGGUGAGGGCGGCGGUUUCCGGCCAUCUCGGGGCGGGGUUCUCCGGCGAGGUGGAGGCGGUGGAGGCGGCGGUGAGGGCGGUGGUGGGCGUCAUCGACGGGGAAGGUGACGAAGAGAAGCCGGCGAGAUUAGGGAGCGCUGUCGUCGAGCUCGAGAAAGCGACGGAGGAGUUAACGUAUGGACUCGAUCGGUUGUCGGACGCAGUCAAUGCGUUGUUCCGUGCGGCUAUGAAUACGAGGGAUGCCGCGUUGCAUUGUUUGCGGAUUUUGGUCCCAAGAAGUGUAAACAGAUGA